ACCGUUUUCUCGUUUUCGCCGUUUCGACGUUCGGACGUGCCAGCUCCGGCUCCGUGUUUGCUGAUUUUACGGAUUUUUCGAGUAAUUUUUGUCGUCGCUGGUAAAUUGGCUAUAUGGACAAACCAAAAUAAAACAAGCCGAAAAAUAAGUGCAGCUCCUCUAUAUUUAAAUAUAUAUAUUUUUUCAAGACAGACGGUUGUCUUGGGUGUUUGAGCGCGCCUUCUCCGUUGUUCUUAUCGUGAUUGUCGACAAAAUCAUAUGUUUUCGCCGCGAGUCGAGGAAAAUUAGCAAGGAGGGGACUAAAAACAAAACAGCAGCUGAACGGGCACAGUUCUACAGUGGCAAAAUCGAAUUAAGAAGCGAAUUAAAUAAAUUAAAAUAUGGUUGCCAUUCGAAAUCUGUGGAAUUAAUAUUGUGAAAAAACCAGAAAACAAAAUAGUUAUCGCUCUCUGUCUCUGCUCUCCGUGUGUUUAUGUCUCAGCUGUGCCUGUGUGUGUGCGAAUGUGUGUGUGACGUGCGUGCGUGCAAGUGUUUGUGAUUUUAUGUUGUUGUUUUGCCUGCUUUCGCUUGAAAUUUAACAACAACAACAACGCCAGCAGAAACAGCCAACGAAAAUAAUUGAAAUUUUCAAUUUAAUCUAAAGUUGCAGGCCUAUUUCCAGUUAUCAGUCUGAAGUCGGUCUGACGUGCUAUCCUGAACUUUCUGUUCCUGCCACCACCGCCUGGCCUCAUCAAACAUCCAAUUAAUCGAAACAGUUUUUUAUAUUUGCAUCACAGCCGCACAUUGGGACCGCCACAGCUAGGAUUUCGAACAACGGUCACGACAACCAUUGGAAAAAUUCUCAAGCACAAUGAAAAACGACGUCGUACGAUGGAGAAGGCAGGCAACUAGCAACGUCAACAGCAGUAGUAGCAACAGCCGAGGCGCCAACAGCAAUAGCCAAAAACAUAAGAGCAAAAGCAAUCAAUUAAAUGCUCGACAAUUAGGGCCGCAUGCUGCCAGAAGUUGUCAGCGAAAAGCCGAGACAACAAAACUAAAUGAAAAACAACAACAACAACAACAAACAAUCAUUGAAUGUGAUAUAGGAAAUUUCGAUUGCAAUUUAUUCAAAACUAGAUUUUUAACGCAAUGCAAAUCGAAACAUAGUGGCAACAGCAACAUAAUAAACAGCAGUAGUAGCAGCCGCAGCAGACACUUGGCGAAAACGAAAGCUUUAUUGCUGUUAGCUCUGCAAUUUAGUGCCGUAGUUUUUUUAUGUAAUUUUAAUGUCGGUUUCGUGGCCGGAAGUGUGGCAACUGGGGCAUCAUCAGCUGGUGGUUCUGCUCAGGUUGCACCACCAAACCCUGCGCCUUCAUCUCCGCCAGCAGCAGCACCACCGCCACCACCGCCGUCAUCACUCAAAGUGGACCCAAAUGGCCAGUCGCCAGUGCUGCCGCCAUAUAUCCUUGACUACGAGACGGGCGGCAGGGCGAAGUUGACGCCCAACAGCGGCAAGUACAGCCAAUCGGGCAGUUCCGUGAGCAACAACCAAAUAACCGGUCACUAUACACACACCUGGGCGGUGCACAUACCGAACGGCGACAAUGGCAUGGCCGACGCUGUAGCCAAGGAUCACGGUUUCGUCAAUUUGGGCAAGAUCUUUGAGGAUCACUACCACUUCGCACAUCACAAGGUGUCGAAGCGGUCGCUCUCACCUGCCACGCAUCACCAAACUCGCCUCGAUGACGACGAUCGUGUCCAUUGGGCGAAGCAGCAGCGGGCCAAGUCGCGAUCCAAGCGGGACUUUAUCCGCAUGCGUCCUUCCAGAACCUCCUCGCGAGCCAUGUCCAUGGUUGACUCAAUGCCCUUUGACGACUCCAAGUGGCCGCAGAUGUGGUAUCUGAAUCGCGGUGGUGGCCUGGACAUGAAUGUAAUACCUGCGUGGAAGCAGGGAAUCACCGGCAAGGGCGUAGUGGUCACAAUACUGGACGACGGCCUGGAAUCGGAUCAUCCGGACAUAGAGUUAAACUACGAUCCCAAGGCCUCGUACGAUGUGAAUAGCCACGAUGACGAUCCGAUGCCGCACUAUGACAUGACGGAUUCGAAUCGCCAUGGAACCAGGUGCGCCGGUGAGGUGGCAGCCACUGCGAACAACACCUUCUGUGCGGUGGGCAUUGCCUAUGGAGCGAGUGUGGGUGGAGUGCGGAUGUUGGAUGGAGAUGUCACAGAUGCCGUGGAAGCACGAUCACUGUCCCUCAAUCCCCAGCACAUUGAUAUAUACAGUGCGUCGUGGGGACCGGAUGAUGAUGGCAAGACGGUGGAUGGACCGGGAGAACUGGCAUCGCGGGCAUUUAUUGAGGGCACAACCAAGGGACGAGGCGGCAAGGGCAGCAUCUUCAUCUGGGCUUCGGGAAACGGAGGGCGGGAGCAGGAUAACUGCAAUUGCGACGGCUACACGAACUCCAUCUGGACGCUGUCCAUCUCCAGUGCCACGGAGGAGGGCCAUGUGCCCUGGUACUCGGAGAAGUGCAGCUCCACGCUGGCCACCACCUACAGCAGCGGCGGGCAGGGCGAGAAGCAGGUGGUCACCACGGACCUGCACCACUCGUGCACCGUCUCCCACACGGGCACCUCGGCAUCGGCCCCGCUCGCCGCCGGCAUCGCCGCCCUGGUGCUGCAGUCCAACCAGAAUCUCACCUGGCGCGACCUGCAGCACAUUGUGGUGCGCACCGCCAAGCCGGCCAACCUCAAGGACCCCAGCUGGUCGCGCAACGGGGUCGGGCGGCGGGUGAGCCACUCCUUCGGCUACGGUCUGAUGGACGCCGCCGAGAUGGUGCGCGUGGCCCGCACCUGGAAGUCGGUGCCGGAGCAGCAGCGAUGCGAGAUCAAUGCCCCCCAUGUCGAUAAGGUCAUACCGCCUCGCACUCACAUCACCCUGCAGCUGACUGUGCAGCACUGCCGAUCGGUCAAUUAUCUGGAGCACGUGCAGGCCAAGGUCACGUUAACCUCGCAGCGGCGCGGUGACAUCCAACUGUUCUUAAGGUCACCCGCCAACACCAGUGUCACGCUCCUAACGCCUAGGGUGCAUGACAACUCCCGUUCCGGUUUCAACCAGUGGCCUUUCAUGUCCGUUCACACCUGGGGAGAAUCGCCACAGGGAAAUUGGCAAUUGGAGAUCCACAACGAGGGUCGCUAUAUGGGCCAUGCUCUGCUCAGGGAAUGGUCGCUGAUCUUUUACGGCACCACUCAGAGCAUUAACCCCAACGAUCCGAUUUCGGUGCCCAGGCCUAGUGGUUCGGAGGCCACCACUCCGAAUAGCAGCAGCACCACCAGUAAUCUGCAUCAGGCCUACUCACCACAGUAUCCCCGCAUUCCACCCAAUAACUUUGGCAACAACUCCCCCUCUGGCGGGUCCAAAAUGCCAUUGGGCAAAGUGCCUCCGCAACCCAAUAAAUCCAGUUUUGUGACCAAUAAUCCGCUGCUGAAUCCUGCAUCACCUGCCAAACAGGGCUACCAACAGAUAUCGGCCACUUACGGGGUGAUAUUGGGCAAGGCAAAUGGAAAGGCCAACAAUAACAGUAAGGAGAAAACCAAUAACAAGGGAAACAACAAGGCUAAUAAUGGUAAUAAGGGUAAAUCAUCUGGCGGAUCGGGUGGCAAUCGUAAGGAGCAAACCACCCAGAGCACCAUCAUCAUGCAAGCAACCACUAGUAAAAAUAAGUACUACCGCAUUUCCCAGCAACAGCAAAAGAAUAACAAACAGGACAGGAAUGGAGUGCAGACACAAAGACCCAAGGCAAACUCUGGUGAGAAAUCCUACGACGAGAAGAGUAGGAAAGUGGUGGGCGAGAUCACAACCAAUGGAUCAAUAAAUGGAUCGAUCAAAGCAGCCAAGCAAGUAAAGGAGAGUAGUAGUACGAGUAGUACCACCUCGAACUCCCGCAUACCCAAGCUUUUCGAGCGCUAUGAGAAGAUACAGGCUAUUUUCCCGGAACUAGAACCCUAUGAGAACACUUCACCCAAGGGGGGAAAAAAUAAGCCUGCCAAGCAGGGCAAGCAAUUCGAAGUGGAGCUAUUUAGACCCACCAUCGGGGGCAAUAGUCGUCAGGGAAAUACGAAGAAAUCCCCUUCGGUGCCGCCGCCACCAUCGGGUACCCUUUCCAUUUUACCCAUUCUACCCGCCGGCGGAAGUAGUUUCCUGCCCGAUCAGAAGAUCCUGAAGAAACAGCAACUCCUGAUAGCCGCCGCCGGAGUCAUGGCUCCCGCCCAGGUGGAGGUGGAAAUGGAGGAGAUUCGGGCCACACCAGAUUACGAGGAAUCAAGAGACCAGCGAAAGGAGGUCAACGCACCAAAUGCACAAAUCACACAAUGGGACAUGAUAUUCUACGGCACCGAAACGCCCGCUCAGCCCGAGGACUCGGCCAAUCCCGGCCAAUCCAACCAGUUCAAUUUGUACGGCAACGACAUGGCCCACAAUGACAUCGAGUACGAUUCCACCGGGCAGUGGAGGAAUAUGCAGCAGGUGGGCGAUGUGGGCAUGACCCGAGAUCACAGCAACACCGCCGCGUGCCUUAAGUGGAGCGAUCGCAAGUGCUUAGAGUGCAAUGAUUCCGCAUAUAUGUUUGAGGGUCUGUGCUUUGAUGUCUGCCCGCUGCACACAUAUCCAUUUGAUAAACUAAAAGCGGAUGAGGAGGAAUUGGAGGACGAUGUGGCCAGGGUUCCUAUUAAUCCCUAUGGCAUUCGCACCACCGAUCAUCCAGCGUCAAUAUCCAACAGUUUAGACGACAAUCAGGAUCCUCUGCAGGCGGAGGAUCGUCGGAGGAGGAGGAGUAUAACGACUGGCACCCCACUCACCCAACUGGUGCAGACACCUUCUCGGAUCUGUGCCAAUUGCGAUAGGAGUUGUUUGGCCUGCCAUGGACCUCUGGCCUCCCAGUGCAGCACCUGUUCGCCGGGCAGUCAACUGCGAAAGAUCCUGAACGAUACCUUCUGCUAUGCCUAUGUGGUGCGCAGCACGGGAAUGGCCACUGUGGUGGACAUUUCAGAAAUGGCUGAUCGAAAUACACAGUCAAAUAUGACUGGCACCUCUGUUAUACUUCUGGUUGCAGUGAUUUUCAGUCUGAUGGGCGUCGUAAUUGCCGGCGGCAUAGUGUAUCAUCGUAGGGCAACUGCGAGAUCCAAUGAAAUCUACUCCCGAGUAUCUCUGAUGGCCGGCGACGAAAGUAACUCCGAUAAUGAGGACGAAUUGUUUAGGGCCCAUUUCCUAGGAAAGAAAAAGGAUGUCAUCGAAUAUCGCGAUGAAGCGCCCAGCGAAAAGCCAUUUGAUUCUUAGAUAAUCGAAUUAAGUUAUUAGUUACACGUCAUGCAUUUAGCCACCACCCCCUCAUCAUAACCACCAGAAAUAUUAUAUACACUGGUAAGAAAAAAAACAUAGUAAAUUCAAAUAUAUUGUACUCAUAUUCAUCCCGAUUUCUUGUUAUUUUAUAUAAGAAAACAUUUAAAAUUAUUCAUUUGACUAUUUUCGGAAUUGAUUUUAAUAUCUGAAUGUUUA